UUCAGAUUUCGGUACCGCUCAUAAACGACUUAGGCUCCAGGAAAUCCCGUUGCCCUUUCACCCAGUUUUACUGUCCUGUGUCUUUAUCUGGCGUCUGACUCCCAGACACAAGCUGUAUGUAGCUGUUCAGCCUGUUCAGGAUGCCAGGAUCAGCCCCAAUCAAUUGCUUGGGUCCAUGGCCCAAAGAUGUAGGUGUCAUUGCCAUGGAGCUGUACUUCCCGGCCCAGUAUGUUGACCAGGCUGAGCUGGAGCAGUUUGAUGGCGUGGCAGCUGGUAAAUACACCGUGGGCCUGGGCCAGGCUCGUAUGGGCUUCUGCUCAGACCGCGAAGACAUAAACUCUCUAUGCCUGACUGUGGUCCAGAGACUGAUGGAGAGAAACAACCUGUCCUACGACAGCGUGGGUCGACUGGAGGUCGGCACUGAGACCAUCAUUGACAAGUCCAAGUCUGUCAAGACAGUCAUCAUGCAGCUGUUUGAGGACUCAGGCAAUACAGAUGUGGAGGGCAUUGACACCACAAAUGCCUGUUACGGUGGGACAGCUGCGCUGUUCAAUGCUGUUAACUGGGUGGAGUCCAGCUCAUGGGAUGGGCGUUAUGCUUUGGUGGUUGCAGGGGACAUUGCUGUCUACGCCACAGGAAGUGCCCGGCCUACGGGGGGUGCCGGUGCAGUGGCCAUGCUGGUUGGGCCUAAUGCUCCUCUGGCCUUUGAACGAGGUCUGCGAGGAACUCACAUGCAGCAUGCCUAUGACUUCUACAAGCCUGACCUGGUGUCAGAGUACCCUGUGGUGGACGGCAAGCUGUCAAUAGAGUGCUACUUGAGUGCCUUGGACCGCUGCUACUCUGUGUAUCGCAACAAGAUCCACGCACAGUGGCAAAGAGAGGGUUCAGAGAAGCGCUUCAGUUUGGAGGACUUUGGCUACCUGGUCUUUCACUCCCCGUACUGCAAGCUGGUGCAGAAGUCAUUGGCCAGACUCAUGCUGAACGACUUCCUGAGCCACCCCAGCCCCAACACUGAGACGGGACCCUUCACAGGCCUUGACGCCUUCAGAGACUUACAGCCAGAAGAGACCUACUUUGACCGGGAUGUGGAGAAGGCCUUCAUGAAGGCCAGUGCAGAUCUGUUUGAGAGGAAGACAAAACUCUCCCUGUUGAUCUCCAACCAGAACGGAAACAUGUACACCCCCUCAGUCUACGGCUGCCUGGCAUCGCUCAUUGCACAACACACACCUGCACAGAUGGCAGGACAGAGGAUUGGUGUUUUCUCCUACGGUUCAGGAUUUGCUGCUACUCUGUACUCUCUCCGAGUCACACAGGACCACACACCCGGAUCUGCUCUGGACAAACUCGUGUCCAGCCUGAGUGACCUGAAGGUCAGACUGGACUCAAGGAAGAAGGUCUCACCGGGUGUCUUCUCUGAGAACAUGAAGCUGAGAGAGGAGACUCACCACUUAGCCAGCUACGUCCCUCGUGGCCCAGUGGAGGAUCUGUUCCCAGGGACAUGGUACCUGACGCGAGUGGAUGACAAAUACCGCAGGGAAUACGCCCGCAGACCUCUGGACCAUGACCUGCCAGCAGAGCCAGAGCUUGUUCGCUCCAGCACUUCCGCCGAGCACAUCCCGAGUCCAGCCAAGAAGAUGCCUCGCAUCCCCGCAGCCACCGCGAGCCCUGAGGCUGCCGUCAGCAACUGAGAGCACUCAUCUUACCUCUGAGAGGUAGACAACUCCAAUACCUAGACGACAGUAGAGGUCAGAAGGGCCACCUCCCAAAUCAUUAUACGUUAAGCUUAAUUAGGUCUGUGUCAUUAAAGUGUUGACUGGAGGCCUGUGGACAGCUAGGGAUGCUCCUGUGUCCUGCCUGUGCCCAUCCCAUCACCGCCCCCCCCCAAAAAAAAAAAACAUAUAACACUUUCAGACAGUAAAAUCCAUAUGUGACCUCAGAGUUUAUUUUCAUCACAAUAAUCGUUUGUUUCAGAGUUUACAUUUUUACAUGUUUCCUUUUUGCAUAUGUGCAAAAUGGACAGUAAGUAGUUUGUUUGGGAGGAGCACAGGCAGAUGUUUGAGUUCAACAAGCAGACUUCCUGCUGGCAGCUGGCAGCCAGUGACAGGAAGAGGAAAUGAACAUAAUUAACGUGGCUUCAGGCCUCCUGCUGAUUAAAAGAACAAAGGGAAGUGGGCCUCAACUGUGCUUAUAUAUCAUAAUAGUGCUGCUGCUGCUGCUGCUAAAAUGGCUGCCACGGCAACCCAGCCUGAAACAGAACUCGUACCCCCACCGCCGCUGCCGCCACCACCCUCUGCUGUUUGUGUUCAAUACCUCAGUUUUCUAUGAAGAGAGACGCGAUCAGUCUUCUACAGGACUCUGCAGUUUCAUCACAUCAGCCUGUGACCAAACAUCAGGAAUGAGUGAUGCUCCACCCAGAAGGCUUUCAGCUCACACACUUUGGCUGGAGUCUUAACUGCUGUCAGCUGCUGUAGCUGAGCUGAUGUGGUCUCACUCAAACACAAGACCAAUAUCCUAGAUACAUGUUAAACGGAAGCUAAUACUGAUGUCAGCUUAGUUUUUUUUUUCUGUCUGCCUCUCUUUGCCAAGAAAACAUCUAACUGUGUGAGUAGCUGUUGCUGUUGUGCGUCUUCAGCUCUGACUGUUUUCAACGUCUGUCAUAAAACAGCUUGAUUAGAUUCACUGUGACCUCGAUGUUAUAACAAACACUGUCUGGAUUCAUCUCAAUAGAGGGAAAAAAAAAUUAAUUAGGUUUUUCCAAACCACUUUGCAAUGCCACAGGUGAUGUCUGUACCUUUUCACCACCACUACAUGCAUAUUAACAUGUACACUCACAGUUUAUCAGCAUGGAGAAAGUAAAGCUAGUUUGGGAAAGUGUUGCCGUGACAGCGUUAUCUACUGCAGUCGUCAUGUUGCAGCGAGUGUCAGGUCCUCUUCCUGUAAUGUUGCUUAGCUGGAGAACACACAGCCAAUAGUGUUUGGCCGAUAUCAACUAAAAAAAAAAAAAUUAAAAAAAACAAAACACUAGUGUCAUCCGUUAAAAGUGCAAUCAGGAUUGUUUAUACUGGAGGUGUUUUUAAUAUUUUUAUAUAAAUGAAAUGAACACUUCUCUUUCUCCACCUCUCUGAAACGACUCAAGGUUCAGCACAAACUGAACCCGAGAGCCGUGAUGACGAGACGAGUUUAUUUCAGAGCUGCUGAAUUAGACUGCAUCAGCGUAAAUAUGACCUGUGUCAUAUUGAAGGUUUCAUCUGUGUAUUUCAUUCUUGUAUAAACUGACAAGCUGUUGAGCAAGGCAUCUUGAGUUCCUCAUCCAGUCUUACGGACACUAAACCGAGCGCACAGGUGACCGUGGAGAGUUGAGGGACCAGGGAAUCCAGAGCAUCGGCAGCAAAUACUAAGCUGCUCUGGCUCCACCUCAUUCAGAGCUUUGAUGCAGCAACUGUCCCACAAUACAGUUUGUUUGUUUUGUGCACUGAGUCAGUAAAAUAAUCAUGAUUGCACCUUUUAAGGGUUUAUACACCAUGUCAGACAGUUAGUUAUAUGACCUUCUCUCUCUUCAAUGUCUCAGUAUUGUUGGCUUACCUUGUCAGUUUUAGUCAUUACAGCUAACAAGCAACAUAAGAAUCCAUACUAAAGCCUUAACGCCAAAGGGCUUAGUCAGGAGAUUGAACAGUUUCAUGUCUUAUCAUUACAGCAAAUUCUUGUUUUGUUCUCAGUGUGCUUUGUCUCAGUGGUGGUUGUUUUUCCUGUGGAACACUGACAUUGAUUUGAUUUGACAAUGGCUGCAGUCAGCAACAACACACACAAAAAAAAAAAAAAAAGAAAAAGGAAAAAAAACAGCUGUUGAAACAGAUAGAGCUGAGGCAGAAAACAUCAGCCUUAAAACAAGAGUGUUGGUGUCUUCCUGUUCCUGUUGAUGGUUGGAUCAGCUUAUAAGACGGGCAUACAGGGAUCAGAGGAGUUGACAUGGUCGAUGUCAAGGUGACUACAUUCUUGAGAAGCCUUACAACAAGCAUGUAUGAAAUGUAAACAAAACCAAGCUUUUCCUCUAAUAAUGUACAGAUAUUCUUUUUAUUGUACAGUCAAACUUGCUUCCUCUGGAUUCAGGCCCUGCUCACGCCAGCAUCACAAACACACAUGGCAUCCCUGUGUGUGUUCAUGCUAUGACUGUAACAGGACAUGUUUGUAGGGCCUGUCUGAGAGGUCACAUGAUCUUUACCUAUGUUGAUGGUAAUGUACAGUACAGACUGUAAGAUUAUUUAUGCUGUAUAGAUAUGAAUGAAUGGAUGUCUCAGCAGAUGAAUUUUAUCCAGACACUUUGUGUAAACGUGUAAAUUCAGAAUAAAUGGACUUUCAACAUG